UUUUGUUUUGUUUCCUCUUCCUCCAUCACAGCCGUGAGCUUUGUUAACUCCGCCAGCUCGCAAAGAUGACCAACUCCAAGGGAUACAGGCGGGGCACCCGCGACAUGUUCUCGCGGCCCUUCAGGAAGCACGGCGUCAUCCCCCUGUCCACAUACCUCAAGGUUUACAAGGUCGGAGACAUCGUCGACAUUAAGGGUCACGGAGCCGUGCAGAAGGGCAUGCCCUACAAAAUCUACCACGGAAAGACCGGCCGUGUUUACAACGUCACCCAACACGCCCUCGGCGUCAUUGUCAACAAGAGGGUGCGCGGCAGAAUCAUUCCCAAGAGAAUUAACAUCCGCAUUGAGCACGUGAAGCACUCCAAGUGCCGAGAGGACUUCUUGAGGCGCGUCAAGGAGAACGAACUCAAGCGUAAGGAGGCCAAGGAAAAGGGCACCAUGGCCCUGCUCAAGAGACAGCCUGCUCCUCCGAGGAAAGCACACAUUGUCAGCGGCAAGGUCGAGCCUGUUAUGUUGGCGCCCAUCCCAUACGAGUUCAUUGCCUAAGUUAAUAAAAUACUUUAUUAUGUAA